GGAAUGCCACCACGGCACCAGCUGACUUUCGCCUUUACCCCUGGCUCCGUCUCCCGGAAGUUCCUGCAAAUCCAGCGUUUCCAGCCAAAAAAAAAAAAAAACUCACCCCAACAGUUUCUAUCCGAAUAACCCACAACACUCAGCUGCUCCAAAGUUUUCACAGGCAACUGCCAAAACCAACUCAAGUGGGCGGGGAACCGUGGACCUGGCAACCCUGAUGUUGUGUACAGUUGUUAACAAGCGCAUUUAAGCACAAGUUUGUUACAUGAGAGUGAAAACAGAAAACAAGGUGGUGAAAGUUACAUACAAAGGAUGUUUCAGUUGCCGAUGCCUUUGGAUCGGGAUCAGAGCCUUAUUCGGAUCCGGUUCACCAGUUUUGCAGUUGGGACCAUCUGUUGCCCACUUUUUGGCUUUCUUUUUUGUGUGGUCUGGUCCUUGUUCUUCAACUUCACUGAGACCACAGCAACACAUUGCGGAGUUCCAAACUACCUCCCUUCAAUCAGUGCUGCUAUUGGUGGAGAGACUCCUCAGAGGUAUGUCUGGCGAAUAGCUAUAGGUCUGCAUUCUGCACCUCGGCUCCUAGUGGCCAUCCUGUACUGGAAAUACUACCUAGGUAGUCCGUGUGCACAUCAUUGGUAUCGCACACUGUGCCAUAUCAACUUCACACUGACUGUUAUGGAGAACUCCUGUCUCAUCAUUCUGACUUAUGUAUCGUCAACUGAAAAUUUUGAAGUCCAUGAACUCGCCUUCAUUUUUUUCAUGGUCUGGUCUCUUAGUCACAUGUUUCUGACCUGUAGACUUUGGUGUAUGACACAGAAAAAUACAGUAAGUCCAGAGGAGCGUACCUCCUAUUACUGGAAAUGUCGUAUCUUCAUCUUUAACUUGACAGCAUUCCUGAUUUCUGUGUGUGUGUAUUUUUGGCACAACUGGUACUGUAAGCCUGGAGUUUACACUCUGUUUGCCUUCCUGGAGUACUUGGUAGUUCUCUCCAACAUGGCUUUCCACAUGACUGCUUAUUGGGACUUCAGCAAUAAAGAACUGAUCGUUAGCUCUGUUCUUGAAGACAAACGCUUUUAAUGGACACCUUGUACUCAAGAACAACUGCAAAGGACAAUCAAACCUCCAGCAUCUUGGAAUUAUGGGAAGAAAGACUGAAAAAGAAAGUUGUCUCAAGUCAAAAAUGAAAGACACACAAAAAUGAUCACAGCUGUCUGUAAGACAGAACCUCUGUAUUUCAACCAGAAGGGUGGUAAUGGAUGGGAAGGACAGUUGGAAUAUUUAAAGAACUUCCAACACAUAAUGCACCUCUCAUUACUAACGUGGUGCAUAUUUUUAAAUGUUCUGUUUGUUUUUAAUUUAACACUGGAUGAUCCAACUGAAGAUACAGUUUGUGAACUAGACGUGGUGGGACCUGCAGCUGCUGGUCCUUCCUGUAUAAGAAUGCUGAUAUCUGUCUCUAAGAACAGAAUAUGCCCCAAGAGCAAGGAUGGUAUCAGUAGUCGGUAACGUUUUUAUCCGUAAACAUCGGUGCUUUUGCUUUCUGGGUACAGUUGCUUAUUUUGUUAACACGGUUAACGUGUAAACUGACAUUUUCCAUCUAAAUGUAGAAAUUGCAUUCAGGUGCUGGGUUUUAUGCAUUGUAACAGUGCCAUGUUGUUACUACAGGUGUAGGAUUGUGGGAGGGGGUUUAUAAUUAUUUGGAAACCUCUGGACACUUUUUGCUAUGUAAUUUUACACCGUUUUUGAUAUCUGGUGGUUGUAUGCUAUAUUAUGAAGAUAUUUUUCUUCUAAUGCACAAGUGUAUAUUUAAACAGACUUGUUUAACUAGUAAGGUGGUUAGAUAAAAGAUUAUGACCUGUUUCAUGUUUACAUAUAACUACAACUUUUGGGUUGACUUUUUUGCAGCCAGUGUCAGCAGACUAGAUCAUAGGUCCUUGUGUGACUGGGUCAGUGCUAGAGACACAAGCCUGGUGUUCAUUUCAUUAAAACUGGGUCAGUAUGAUAUCCAGGUUCCAUAAUGAGCAUCCUUCAGACCAAACCCUGUAAGAACACAGACCAAAACUAAAAAGUCCACCAUUAAAUGCACUUAAUACUUUUGUUUCUGUCUAAAGCUGUUCUGUAGCAAAGAGAAACUUGUAAUGCAUUUAAAUGAUAAAAGCACAUUUAAAGUGGGAA